GUGACGGCAGUCACGUGACGCAGUGCCAGGAUCCAGGAAGUGAAGCUGAAAGCUGGGCCGGGGCAGCAUGGAGCGAUACGAUAAAGCAUCACUAAAUGUGGCCAACGUGCCCGCUCCCGAUUUCAGGCAAAAUGAAAGUUCCCUGGUCUCUACUCUAAAGACUCUACUCUUCUUCACUCUCUUAAUGAUCAUGCUGCCAAUUGGACUCUACUUUUCCUCCAAGGUUUAUGUAUUUGAAGGUGCGUACGGCAUGUCCAACAGGGACAGUUAUUUUUACGCUGCAAUAGUGGCAGUAGUUGCUGUGCAUGUGGUGUUGGCGAUGUUUGUCUACGUGGCGUGGAAUGAAGGUUCUAAACAGUGGCGCGAAGGGAAACAAGACUAAAGACUGUUGUCGGUGUAACUUAGAAAACCUGCUUUCCUACUAGACAGGAAAUCAAAGACUACUUGAGUUGUCUUCAGAGACGCGCACCCUUUUAUCGAGUUUGUACGGUAUACAUUUUGUUGUGUGGUUUAGUUGAUUUUCAUAAACAAUUGUGUUUAAGCGAAACAUUGUCUGGCGUGCUACUGGUGAUGUCAUAUUUUAAUUCUGCGUUGUCAUUUCAAAUAUUGUAUAAAAAUACAACCAAAUUUAACCCUCAGACCACAAACACAUCAUGAUUUCGAGGUACUGUUUUCACAAAGCUUAUAUUGUACAUACACCAAAGUUCUUGAAGCUGUUCAUUUUGCAGCUUAUUGCAUUCUGAGACCUGAAACUAAUUGUUGACGUCAAUUACUCUGAGGUCUAUUCACCAAAAGAAGGGUUUAUAGUUCUAACUCGCUUCACUGUUUAUUAUUGAAGGGCCAUCAUGAGCAAGUUUCUUCAGUGUACAUGGCUGAGCUGGCCCUGUAUAAUGCAUAAUUCAAUGAGCUGGGAGACUUUGGAGAUACCUUGCUGAUUUACUAAUACAUUGUACAGGGUAGCCAAGCUCUUCACGCAACAAACAUUCCUUCAGGUUGGGCUUUCAUAAUGAAUAAUGAUGGCGAGUAGCUGAAAACCAACUCCCUCAACCGGUAAUAAAGUGGGAGACUGACCUGAAAUGUAAGCUGGUUUGUAGUCCAUAUAUUGUCUUAUAUGUAGAUGUAUGUUCAUUUACGCAUAAUUAAAACAUUAAUGGGCAACCUGCUUAGAGAAAGCAGUAUAACAAAUCAGUACCAACUGAUUUAGAUCAUCAAUAAAUGUUGCCGAUUUCCAGAUGUAUGUUUUUUAUAUUUUACUAGUUGAGUGUUCUGUAGAAUAUUGGUUUGAGCAGUCAACACUGUCAUGCCGGACCACAAUAUUACGUUCUUUGAGCUUUUUUAUUUGAGCUGAACCAUUAGUUUCUGAACUACUAAAUUAUUAUUCUAAUAAAAGGGUACACAAGUC